AUGGCCAUGAACUCGGGUGACUCGGAGCGUGGGGAUGCGGACGAACAGUUCGCGUCCCCGCGGUUCAGCAUCGCGCAGCUAUUCGAGCUGCUGCUCCAUAUCGCCCAACGAAGCAAUGGCACGUACCACUCCUCGACCCAAACCGGCGCGUGCGGCCGCCCUGCCUCAGGUGCCUUCAGAGGGACAUGUACAGAUGAGGGUGGAGGCAGAGAGGUCCCCAUCGCAACUGCUGCGCCUAGCGGAUCCGCUGCGCCCGAGACCUCCGAUAGGGCCUCGGCCUCCGUGGCGCCCAGUGGCCCAAGCGAUCCCGGCGAUCGCCGCUACUGGUCCAACGUGUCCCCCGGCUCCUCUUGGAUGGAGAACUACCUCCCCGACUACCUCCCCGACCACAACGCUCGCUCUUCCCUGUCUCGCGACUCCGACCCCACCACCAGUGCGGUCGGGGUCGAUGCGGACAACUCCAGCCCGGCCAGCACAUAUCACUCCUCCCGAGCGAGCAGCCCCAGCCCUUCGCGCAACGAGCCCGCUCCUACUGUACGCCGCUCUCGCGAUGCCCCCACCACUAAUACGUCGGCUGGUUUGACCCGUCUUGACCCUCGGUCCUCCUCUUCCCGGCUUGCGGCUCCUGCUUGUACGUCCACCCCUGACACUCGUCAGGCUGCGACUCCUGCAGCGGCAGGUCCUUCCCGUCACCGGUCCUCAGCUUCCAUUCCUUCCAAGUCCUUUGCAGCUCCGCUUGCGACGACGACAACUGCCACGCCCGUCCGGUUCUCCUCAAUGAGGGGUGCUUCUACCAUGGGACCGCCAGCAGGAGCUGCCACGAGGCUGUCUGCUGCCGCACCCCCUGCCGCCGCUGUGCCUGUUGUAGCAAAUGCUGCACCCCCGGCCUUAGUUGCAACCACUGCGCCUGCCGCUGCCACGCCGGCCGUUGCACCUGCCAUCGCCACCGCGCCCGUCCUCGCACACGCCGCCGCCACUGCGCCCGUCCUUGCACCCGCCGCCGCCACUGCACCCGUCCUUGCACCCGCUCCUCUCCCUGCCGUGGUCGCUGCUGCUGCACCUCCUGCUGUAGUCGCAGCCGCUGCACCCCCCACCGUCGCUGUGCCGGCGGCACCAGCUGCCGCGGCCGCGGCCGCUGCAGACGGGCCCUCGGAUCCCAACCAGGUGUGGUACGUUGUCACUUGCGGACGCCGCGUCGGCGUCUUUGACAACCACUCUUUAGUUGUCUGGUCCGUGACAGGCGUGCGCGGAAACGCGUCGCGAUCCUUCGGCACACGCGAGGAAGCCGAGCGCGCCUUCCAAGACGCGCUCGACAUGAACAUCGUGCGCGAGGUUUAG